ACAAGAUGGAUAAAUCUGACAUGCAACGAACCGUCGACUCGCUUCGCAGCCAGCUCAAUAUUGAGCGUACUCCGAUCACUGUUUCGGCAGCCGAACUUCGUCGCUUCACCGAAAGCCAAGAAGAUCCACUUGUGAACCCAAUCGACAAGAAGGUUAACCCAUGGGCUGAGAAGAGCAAGUGCAGCAUGCUCUAAAUCAUUUAUUCAUCCACCAUCGCUUUCAAACCUCACUUUUGUCAUCCAUAAUACUAAUCCAAACGCCGAUUUUGUCUUUACUAUUCGUCCUAUUUAUAUGAUCCAAUUUUCGCAUUCUUCCAAUUUUUUGUAAAAUGAAAGCAAACUACUGUGAAUAAACUAUUCAGAUAU